UCCCCCGCGCACCUCCCCCUCAGCGCAAAAGUUGCGGAACCUCGGAAAACAUCAAUGCAGUGAAACAAUAAUUAAAAAUCUUCUAAAACUAAUUUAACACACCUGUAAACGUACGUUAUCCAUCAUGACUAUCCUAACGACGCCGUCGCGGCUCAUGAAGAAGCCUUUCCUGGAGGCGGAUACUGUUAAUCUGGAAAAUGGCGAAGAUCAGAAGGUAGUCUUCGUGGAGCGUGGGCUGGCUCCGGGCAGCCGGUCCACGGGCGCGCUGCUCUGCAUGUCGGUGGUGGCGCUGCUGGUGGCCAGCGCCGGCUUCCUGUGCGGGCUCGAGCUGUACCAGAACUACAUGCGGACUGACAUGAUGCAUCGCUACAAGGGAUUCUGCUCCAUUCCCGUGGAUCUUAGGGACGAUGACACAUCAAUGGUGGACCCGCAGUACCGAGUGAUGCCGCUGCGCUGGUCAUCCAGCCCCGAUGUGCAGGUGUUCAGCACUGCCGAGGAGGACACCAGCGAUGACUUUGUCAAACACAUCCGCGAGCAGCUGGACAUCGGCGACAUGGUGGAGAAGAUCUCCGUCAUCAGCCCCGGCGGCCGCCAGACCAGCUUCAUACACGACUUCAGCACCAACAUCUCAGGCAUCGUGGACUCGGACCGCUGUUUCGUGAUGGAACUGGACACGCACCUCGUCAUGCCUCCCUCCGCCUUCGUGAUGACCAUCGAGGGCAACGGCGACUUCGACGUCAGUCGCGUGCGAGAGGCCAUGCGAGCUCUGUUGCCCCCGCUGGCUGAUAUUAUGAGUCUGUCGCCCCACCUCGCCGUCACCUGCAAUAAUAAACCCACUUACCGGCUGCAGAAGGAGUCUAUUACUAUCCGCAAGCGCCGCGCCCUGCCCUCAGUGCAGCCCGACAAGUACACGCACUUCUCCGGACACCACGUGCAGCAGAUCGAGAUCGACAACCUCGCCGAGCUCCGCGCUUACGAAGAGAAGAAGGACUAGAGCGGUGGAGGCUGUGAGGGAGAGGGAUGGAGGGAGUCUGUCGGCUUGUGUUGUUGCUACGAUCAGAUGAUAGUUUAGAGCGGGAUGGAAGGUGAAGCAGUUGGGGGGGAAAGGGAUGGAGAGAUGUUUGUCAGCUUGUAUUUUUGGUGGUAAAUUGAUAUGAAUUACAUUAUCAAGCUCCUGGAAAGAGUUGGGAGCAGUAUGUCAGCUUGUGUUGUUGGUGGAUGGAAGAGCGUUGUGUCUCUAUUGGCACGUUUACAUAGGCCGAUUUUCGCCGCGUGGCUUGUAGAUUCAGAAAUCGCCCUCUACAAAGGCUUUAGUAACUUGCGAUCAGGCCGAAUUGUGAAAAUCACCCGUGUAAACGCCCAUCAAUCACAGAAAGAUCUCGAAGUUGAAUCUCAAGUGACAGAUUUCCACACAACAUCUCCAAACUUCUCAGUUAGUAACUAGGCUAAUUACAGUAUAAUAGAGAAAUAAGCGUUUAUUUGUCCAUGACAUUAAAUUAUAUACUUACAUAUAGCUAAAACCAUAUAACUUAUGUAAGCCAAGUGGGUGAUUAAAUGUUGUAAUUUGCACAAUAAUUUAAUGACAUAAAUACAUCGCACUUUGGCAAUUACAUAGUGAACUAUGUACUAUUACUUUAUUAGAUUUAAAUGAUUUAUUUACCUAUUAAUCCCACUGUUACAUAAAACAGAGACAUUUUAAACAAACGCUUAUGUACCUACUGUUGUCGAAAGAGCACUUCUACGGAUAUUGUUCUGAAAUUGGGAUAAAAUAAUAUAUUUCCCUGAUAGUGCCGAUUAGACAAAGAUCAAAAUGAUGAAACAUAAUUGUUUAUUUAAAAUGUGCCUAAAUAUGUAUAGAUAUUUUCCAAAUGAAUUCGUUUGUUAAUUCAGAUCCUAUCAUAUCAUCUAGUCAGGUCGUCGCAAUAUUUAUUUUAGUGCCAUUUUCUUGCAUUUAUUUUGGAAAAUUAUAUUAUUUGGUAUUGUGGUGGUGAAGUAGGGUAAGCGUUAUUGUAAUGCUGUUGCAUUUGCAUCAUAUUUGAAGAGUUAAUAAAGCGAACAAGUUAAGAUUAGAAAGUAUUCGGUGUUAGCGAAAUUGACUGAUGGCUACAUUCCUGAUUUAUCAUUUUAGUUCAUUGCAACUUAUCAUUAUCAUCCCUUUGCAUUUUACAUACAUUGUAAUUAGUGUAAUUAAUAAGUAUUAUGAAACCAAAUCUCUAUUCGUAACUCACAACAAGUAGCUAGUAGUCCAAACAUGGAUUCUAUUAUGUUUAAGCUUAGCCACUCUGUAUUUUUCUUGAAUUUACAAUAAAAAUGUCUACGUACGUAAA